AUGGCGACCAAGUUCCUCAACACCGCGUUCGGUCUGAAAGAAGGCGGCCUCGCCGCGUGGGUCGUCGCCGGCGGCAUCGGGUACUACUGGUUCUACAAACCCGAGCUCGCGAAGAGGGAAGGGGAGAUGGCGAAAGCGGCGCACGCGAACGCGCUCAUGAAGCAGCCGCAGUACGUCGAGUUCGUGAAGCAGCACGAGGCGGGCGGCGCCGGGAAAGAGAAAGAGAAAAGGAAAGGGUGGCUCGGCGGGCUCUUCGGCGGGGGGAAGAAACCGAAGGAGCCGAAGACGUGA